AUGGAAACCGAAUUAUUCGACAGAGCAGUAAGAGUACCAAAGGGGAUUGAAAAACUGGUGAAUCUUCGUACUUGCACUGGUGUGUAUGCUGUACGUGGAAUCUUCAGUGAAUUAGGCAGCUUAACCCAACUACGGAAACUUGGUGUUACGUGUGUGUCUGAAGAUCAUGCUAGUGAAAUAUUUGUUGCCAUCAUCAAGAUGGAAAACCUCAUCUCUCUAUCAUUAAGAUCGGAGGCAGGGGCCUGUGAUGGUACUCUUUUUCCUGAUAUGGAACAAUUUUCUCCUCCGCCUCUUCUUCAGGAGCUUCAUUUAGAUGGUCGCUUAUUCGAAAUGCCCGAAUGGCUUGCCACCAUGGAAAACCUUACCACUCUUUUUUUAUCCAAAUCUUAUCCCUUUGAGAACCCAACUUCAGUCUUUCAGUUUCUUCCCAAACUAAAAUAUCUGACUCUAUGGGAAGCCUACCAGCUGGAACUCAUUGGUAAAGAAUUUUGCAAGGUAGGUGGGUUCCCAGAGCUGCAAUCUCUCACCAUUGCUGCUAAGUAUUUAGUGGAGUAUACUGAGAUUGUAAAUGGUGAUUUCUCAGUUUUAAUGAUUGGCCCAUGUUAA